CUCAUACUGCAAACGCAUACUGAAGUCCUCAAAAUGAUGAUGGACGCACUGGAUUUGUACGAGAGGGUCAGGGAACUUCAAGUAUGCUCUAUAUUGGUUUAUCUCUUUUUAUUUUUUGCCCUUAACGUUUCCGCCCACGGCGGAGCCCGGGCCCCUCGCCCAAGAGCGGCUUCCCACGGGCUGCCACCGGCUGAGAAACAGCCUGCGGGGGUUCCGGGUCCUGAGGACACCUCGGCCCGUCCCGCAGCCCCGCUCAGCCGGCGGGAACACCCCGAGGUGUGGCCGGAGCCCGAGCGGAGCGGAGGAGCCGCCGGGAGAGCGUCGGUCCGGAUGGGAGAGCCCCCGAGCCGUCAGGGAGCCCCGGUCCCGCCGGGAGAGCCCCGAGCCGUCAGGGAGCGCCGGAGCCGCCGGGGGCGGGGGCGCCGCCAGCCCCGCCCGCUCGCUGACGCGCCGCGAGCCGCGGCGUCACGUGAGGCGCGCAGCCAAUGGGCGGGCAGGGCCCGCUCCCCGCGGGCGGGGGAGGAAGGGGGGGCGCCGAGGCCGCCGCGGAGCGGGGGAGCGGCAGCGCGGGGCGGGCGCGGCGCGGAGCGAAGCGGGGCCGGCGGGGGCUGCGCCUCCGCGGCCAUGCCGAAUAAAAACAAGAAGGAGAAAGAACCUGCAAAAUCAGUCAAGAGUGGAAAAAGUGGCAAAGAUGCACAAGAUAACCAAGAACAUGAGGUGUCAAACAAAAAGUCAAAUAGCACUCCUCCCCCGGCACAACUAUCUAAAAUCAAAGUACCAGCACCACAGACUGUAGUGAAGAAGGAAAAGCGUCAGAGUUCUUCAAGGUUUAACGUUAGCAAUAACAGGGAGCUUCAAAAACUGCCAGCUUUAAAAGAUGUUCCUCCAGCGGAUCAAGAAAAGCUUUUUAUCCAGAAGUUACGACAAUGUUGUGUACUUUUUGACUUUGUUUCUGAUCCACUAAGUGACCUAAAGUGGAAGGAAGUAAAACGAGCAGCUUUAAGUGAAAUGGUAGAAUAUAUCACACACAAUCGCAAUGUGAUUACGGAACCUAUUUACCCUGAAGUAGUACAUAUGUUUGCAGUUAAUAUGUUUCGAACAUUACCACCAUCUUCCAAUCCAACGGGAGCAGAAUUUGAUCCAGAGGAAGAUGAACCAACCUUAGAAGCUGCUUGGCCUCAUCUACAGCUUGUUUAUGAAUUUUUCUUAAGGUUUUUAGAAUCUCCAGAUUUUCAACCCAAUAUAGCUAAGAAAUAUAUUGAUCAGAAGUUUGUAUUACAGCUUUUAGAGCUCUUUGACAGUGAAGAUCCUCGUGAAAGAGAUUUUCUUAAAACAACUCUUCACAGAAUAUAUGGGAAAUUCUUAGGCUUAAGAGCUUACAUCCGGAAACAAAUUAAUAAUAUAUUUUAUAGGUUUAUUUAUGAAACAGAGCAUCACAAUGGCAUAGCUGAAUUACUGGAAAUACUGGGAAGCAUAAUUAAUGGAUUUGCCUUACCAUUAAAAGAAGAGCACAAAAUAUUCCUAUUGAAGGUUUUGUUACCAUUGCACAAAGUGAAAUCACUCAGUGUCUACCAUCCACAGCUGGCAUACUGUGUAGUUCAGUUUUUAGAAAAGGACAGCACACUUACAGAACCGGUGGUAAUGGCACUGCUGAAAUACUGGCCAAAGACUCACAGUCCAAAAGAAGUAAUGUUUUUAAAUGAACUAGAAGAAAUUUUAGAUGUUAUUGAACCAUCUGAAUUUGUUAAAGUUAUGGAACCUCUCUUCAGGCAGCUAGCCAAAUGUGUGUCCAGUCCACACUUUCAGGUUGCGGAGCGAGCAUUAUACUACUGGAAUAAUGAAUAUAUUAUGAGUUUAAUUAGUGAUAAUGCAGCAAAGAUUUUACCCAUCAUGUUUCCAUCCUUGUACCGGAAUUCAAAGACGCAUUGGAAUAAGACAAUACAUGGCUUGAUAUACAAUGCUCUGAAACUCUUCAUGGAGAUGAACCAAAAACUGUUCGAUGACUGCACACAGCAAUUUAAAGCAGAAAAACUGAAAGAGAAGCUAAAACUGAAGGAACGGGAAGAAGCAUGGGUUAAAAUAGAAAAUCUAGCCAAAUCAAAUCCCCAGUACCCAACAUACAGCGACACGAGUUUGCUGAACAGUCCUGUUGCAAUGGAAACAGAUGGGCCUUUAAUUGAAGAUUUGCAGACGCUGAAAAAGACAGUGAAAGAAGAGGCUUGUCAGGCACAAAAAGAUCAGAAAAAAGAUCGUCCUCUUGUGCGACGCAAGUCAGAACUGCCUCAGGAUAUCUAUACCAUGAAAGCCUUGGAAUCACAUUGCAGAGCUGAUGAAUUAAUAUCACAUGAUGGGCAUUAAACUAUUACAGUAAAAUAAUAUUUUGGAGGAAAAGUUGUUUUUUUUUCUGGACUCAGUUCUACAGUAGAACUUAAUUUUUUGUGCCAUACCAAUCAGUUACACAAAGAAAAAUCUUUCUUCAACCCAUUUCUGUAGGCAAUAACUUAAUAGAGUAUGCAGCUCAAGAUUAGUAGUUCAAACAAUGGUAAAUUAACCAGUUCCAUUUGCAGAAUAUUGGGUUGACUAUAAUCAAGUGGACACAAUUUCCUGGAGGUGUUGUCAUGGUACCAACUAGCUAAUAACAUGCAGUUUUUAUAGUUGUAUUUGAGAAAAACAUUCUAUAAAAUCUUUCCACCUAAAUAAGUGAAUGACCAAUAGUUGGUACUAAUGAUAAAUGUGUGUUUUCAAAAGUAAAAUUAUUUCAAAUAUAAUUAUUAAACUUUUUCUAGGACUUCUCAGCUUUAUAGUUGUUUCAACAUUAUUGCUGUCUUGUUAUAUACCAGCCAUUUUGAAAGUACAAUUAUUCUUUCUUAUUAUAAAACAUGGCUUACAAACUGGUAACAUUCAUGACAAUCCUCAGUCAUCAUUCCUUUCUAAGAAUUCUGUAAAUUAAUUUCUCUUUUACUUAGGGUAAAGAUAUAUAUAUAUCUAUAUAUACCACAUCCUAAUACUUUAUGUAGAUUUAAAGCCAUAUCUUCCAGUCUAGUGUAUAAUAUGGCACCAGUAUUCCAGAUACGAACUGGUAGAAGAAUUUUUCCUAAAAUGAAAAUUUGUUUACUAUGACUGGGAAUAGACUAAAUAUAAAAUUUAAUUUUAAGUUUUUUCAAGUCAGUAAAAUAACUCUUUCACUGUUUUCUCCCUUAUCUGAGCUUUUAAUACUCAGCAUUUUUCUUGGGCUCUAGGAGUUCAAUAUUCUGUGGCAGAUACUAUGUGUGAUUUCAGUUGCAUCAGUUUUUAUCUGAAAGAUGAACACAACAUCGUAAGCUUAUUAAAAUUGAAAAGAAAAAAAAAAAAAAAGCCAGACUCUUAAAUUCCAUUCUGCUUCUUUUUUAAAUGAGUCUAAGAGCUGGGGAGAUAGUGACCAUAAUUUUACCGUGAAAAUAUUUUUGUUGUUGUUGUAAAGAGCACAUGUGCUGCAAAUACACCUCACAAGUGAACUGAAAAUGCAUCUGAGUUGCUGAUGAUCUUCAAAUGCUGCUAUAUAUUCCACAAGAUUACUUGCAUGUAAUGAGCUUUUUGUUGUAGAUGGAAAAGCACGGGAGGAAAAUCUCUUUAAAAAUAUAGUGCUUUGUCUUCAAUAUUUGAUUUCUCUCAGGGUGGCCAGUAUUUUGACUUACUUAUCCUGCUUACAAGCUGUUUGAAAUGUGUUCUGCUAUUCUAAAUGGGUGAUUAGUUUCUUUUGUCUCUGGCAGUAACAUGAUAUAACUUAAUGUUUAAUGUCUUGAUGCAUAAAGAGAUAAAAAAUGUGGCUUCUUUAAAAAUAGAUUUGUUUUACUUUUUAAGGAAGUAUAACAUCUCCUGCAUCCAUAAAAAAAAAUAUUGCUCAAAGCAGACAUUCAUAGUAACCUUGUGCAGAUGUAGUGCCUGCUGUUUGUUGGUUGCAUUUAACAUUCAAUUUCCAAUAUUUGUUACAUUGUCUAUUGGAAGAAAAUUGUGAGUGGUAAAUAUUGGCUUACAACAACUAAAUUUAAAGACCAACCCAACCUUUAAGUGGAAUGUCCACUGUGUCUGAAAACAUUUCCUGUAAAACUUGAAAAAGAAAAUGCUUUACCAUUAGGAUAAAUUAUAUGAAAACAGUUUAAAGAUGCCUUCUACUUUUGAGGGAAAAGGGUGCUUUUUUAAUUGUGUAAAGCAACGUCUAUGUAUUUUGAUAUACCAUUGUUUGAACUUCCAUCUUUAGCUGGUAGAUUAUCAGUUACCUUUGAUUUUUGGGUGUUCAGUAUGUCUGUGCAAGAGAUUGCUGAAAGGAAUUAUUCUUAUGUUAUCCAAGGGGGGGGGAACCCCACUGUAUAUCAGUGUUUGAUUGAUUGUGUGAUACUCAAUGUAUAAGAACAUCUUUCACUGUCUAGAUUUUAUUUUUAUUCUUUAUUGAAGAUAAACACUCACCAAAAAGGGAAGCAUUUUGGUAAUUUAGAUGCUUCAAGUUCUCUUUAAAGGCAUAUUUGAAAUUUUGGGCCACUGAACAUUUGCUUAGGCAAUAUUCCAAAAUCUUACCACCACUAAUGGUUUAGCAUGUUUGUUAUCAAUAUUUAUAUAUUUCGUAUAAUCUUGUACUAAACAAUUCUAAAACUAAUACAUCCAAAAUAAAAAGAAAAAUUAAAGUAGAAUUUUGGUGACUGUUGUUCUUCAUAAAGUUCUGUCUGAUACCUUCCCCCAUUUUCCAAAAUUACACCUGUACAUCAGGAAUGUCAAAAGUAAUAUUACAAGUGUCUUUUUAGUGUGGCUUUAGUAUGGCUUCAUUUUAAUAUUGUACAUACAUUGUACCUUGUUUUAUGGUAAUAAGUAAUAAAAAUGUAGACUUCAUAUUUUGUACAGAAUUGUCCUAUGUACAGAAUAAAAAGUUCCUAGAAACAGCAAAAAUAGGUAAGUGGCACAAUUAUUUUUCAUUAGACAAUAUCUGUAACAUUAUACGUUAGUGGAAUGUUAAGUUCAAAUGUACCUACAUAUUUUUUAACAUUUUGUAAUUCAAUUUUUUGUUCUGGCAUUGUUUCUGAAGAACUUCAUACACCUGCCAUUUAAUAUGCUUUUAUCUAAUUUUAAAACUUAAAAAAAAGGUGUAUUAUAUGGACAAAUAAAGAACAUGUGAAUUUUA